CAUUGGCUCCCGCCCGCGCCGCGUCCUGACGCUGGGGCUGGGGCUGGGCCGGCCCCGGCGAUGGUCGCUCUCCGCCGGCAGCGCCGCAUCCCCCGCAGGCGGCUCCGCGAAGGCCCCCGCGCUCCUCUCUUGCGAAGGUUUCAGGGCAAAAUCGUGAGGCGCUGCAGAAACAAAUACCCAGGAACUCGCUCUGCUGGGGACAGUGGGGACAGAGAGACAAUUCUGAGCGGUGUUCUUCACAAAGCAGACAUGGAGCACUCGCGGAGGGCGUUCCACCAACGAGAUUUUUAGGCUUUCCCACCAGUGGGGAUGAGCAGCCUGGUGGAGCCGGGCGGAUGAUUUCUUUUAACGGAGGCCGUUUUGCUUUUUGGAUGGACCAGCAUCCCGACCUCUCUGCACGCGCUGCGCCGAGCUCCGCGAGGUUUCUGAUGGCUCAGCCCCACUGGACUCGCCGGAGGGUGCCAUGAACUGAGCAUCCAGCUCCUUUUCGUUUGGUUUCCCUUGGUUCUUCAUCGUUCCCUCACCCUCCCACCUCCCCCCCCCCCCCAAACAUUUUUCAUGAGAACAUUUUAAAAGGGGGCUCCUCUCGCACUCCCCCGGGUGACGCUGUGCUGCUGCGGUGAGGAUCUCCUGAGAAGAUGGGGAGGAAAAAGAUCCAGAUCCAGCGGAUCACCGAUGAGCGGAACCGGCAGGUGACCUUCACCAAGCGCAAGUUCGGCUUGAUGAAGAAAGCCUACGAGCUGAGCGUGCUGUGCGACUGCGAGAUCGCCCUGAUCAUUUUCAACCACUCCAACAAGCUGUUCCAGUAUGCCAGCACCGACAUGGACAAGGUGCUGCUCAAAUACACCGAGUACAACGAGCCCCACGAGAGCCGGACCAAUGCGGACAUCAUUGAGACGUUAAGAAAGAAAGGUUUUAAUGGCUGUGACAGCCCGGAACCCGACGGAGAUGACUCGAUAGACCAGAGCCCCUUGAUGGAGGAUAAAUACCGUAAAGGCAGCGAGGAUCUGGAUAUCCUGUUCAAGCGAUACGGUUCUGCAGUGCCCACGCCAAACUUUGCCAUGCCAGUGACGGUUCCUGUGACCAACCAGAACACGCUGCAGUUCAGCAGCCCGGGCAGCUCGUUGGUGACCCAAUCCCUGGUAACCUCAUCGCUGACUGACCCCCGGCUCCUCUCACCACAGCAACCAGCACUGCAGAGGAACACCGUGUCCCCAGGGUUGCCGCAGCGGCCAGCCAGCGCAGGGGCGAUGCUUGGGGGUGACCUGAACAACACCAACGGAGCUUGCCCGAGUCCUGUGGGCAACGGCUACGUGAGCGCUCGUGCCUCCCCUGGUCUCCUUCCCGUCUCCAACGGCAGCACUUUGGGCAAGAUCAUCCCAGCCAAGUCCCCUCCACCACCACCCCACAGCACGCAGCUCGCCACCAACAGCCGCAAGCCGGACCUGCGCGUCAUCACCUCGCAGAGCGGCAAAGGGCUGAUGCACCACCUGACGGAGGAUCACCUGGCUCUGCAGAACACACAGCGGUUAGGUGUCUCCCAGGCGACUCACUCUCUAACCACACCGGUUGUUUCUGUGGCCACCCCGAGCCUGCUGACACAGGGGCUGCCGUUCUCUGCCAUGCCGACUGCGUACAACACAGAUUAUCAGCUGACAAGUGCUGAGUUAUCUUCACUGCCAGCAUUCAGCUCACCUGGUGGGUUGUCCCUUGGCAACAUCUCUGCCUGGCAGCAGCAACAACAGCAACAGCAACAGCAACAGCAGCAGCAGCAGCAGCAGCAGCAACAGCAGCAGCAGCAGCAGCAACAACAGCAACAGCAGCAGCAGCAACAGCAGCAGCAACAACAACAGCAGCAGCAGCACCUGGUUCCUGUAUCACUAGGAAAUUUAAUACAAGGAAGCCACUUGUCCCACACCACCACUUUGACUGUCAACACCAACCCCAACAUCAGCAUCAAGUCGGAGCCCGUUUCACCCAACCGGGAACGAAACACUGCCACCCCACUCAGCACCUUCCCCCACCAGCCCCGCCACGAGCCCACCGGCCGCUCGCCUGUCGACAGCCUCAGCAGCAACACCAGCUCCUACGAGGGCAGUGAGCGAGAUGAUCCCACUCGCACCGACUUCAGCUCCUCCCUGGGGCUACUGCGCCCUGGCGGUGAGGCCGAGGGGGAGAGCCCUUCAGUGAAACGCAUGCGGUUGGAUACCUGGGUCACAUAACGGGUCCCCGUCAUCCCCAGGAGCGCCGCUGGCUCGCAGCGGGGAGGGGAGGGGGGGGAAGGGGAGGAUUCUGGGGACAAAAACGGGUUUUAGGGGUUGGGGUGGGGAGAUUAUCAUAAACUGCCUGAGAAAUAGCUUUAGGAUUUUGUAGGCAUUCAUUCUAGCACAACGGGCGACGCACGCAGUUCGUACAGCUGGGAGCUGUGAGUUCCAGGUUGGGUGGCAAGGAAGUCAAAGGGAGAGGGAUUGGAGCUGGGGGCUGUGGGGCUGCGCUGGUGCAGCGAUGCAGGUGCUGAGCAUCCCUGAGGGCCUCCCCACAGCCUGGGCAGGAGGGGAUGGUUCAGUCCCAUGGGACAAGGCUGUGUGCUGCAGCAUUGCUUGGAGGUGUAGGGGGAACACGAGACAGGUUUAAGGCUUGAUCUUUGCUGUUUGGGUGAGAGGUGGUUGUGGACAUCAUCAUCUUUCCCUGCAGAGAAGGGAGCACCGCUGCUUCUGGCCACAAUCAUCCAAAACCUUCAGCCACCUCUGCUGAGGUCCCACCGAGCCCCGCAGGGUGCUUGGCUGAGGCAGGGCUAGUUUGGGAGAAACAGUCGUUUUACCAAAAAAAAAUGCUGCAAGUGUGUCUAAAAUGCAUUCCCUGUUCUGUAUGGGUCGAAGCUUUAAGUUAGAAGCUAGGAGUAAAUCCUUGUUAUUUAAGGAUUGCCACUGAAAUAACGUCCUUAAGGAUUUUGCCUGAAGGCCUCAGGAGGAGUGAACUGAGCUGCGCAGGAUCUCUGCAGCAGCCUCAGCCACCUGGUUCAGUGGAAGGAAAAAGGGCACGAGGGAAGCAGGGGAAGUUCUGGAGCUGCUUUGUGGUGCCAUCUCUGCCCCUGUCCCUGCUCAGGACUGUGAGGACGGUCCUCUGGCUGCACAGUUCCUCUCCACUGAAGCUUGUGGUUGCAGAAUGACACAGAACCUGCCCCAGCACCUAAACUCAUCCUGCACAGGGAGUUCCCCAGGGGAUGAGGGCUGUGCGUCUGCCUCCUCCCAGAGAUCCCAGCAGAGUUAGGUUCCAGUCCAACCUGUUGCACUGGGGCGGAUUGUGAUGAAAAUGAAUGUGGGCAACUUAAGGCAAGCAGUCAGAGGAAGGCCUCCGAAAAUUCAGAUGGGAGUGAACGGUGAUGGCUGUGGAGAGGCAGCACGGAGCCAACGCAGCCCCACAAUCCCUGCGCGGAGCUGAAAGAGGUGUGCUGGCAGCGACCUCCUGCUGAAACCCUUUGAAAAGUCCCGUUUGCCACCAUUUCCCCAAAGGCUGAUCUGGUUCCGAAUGCAAAAUGUUUUGAUGUUCCAUUCCUAUUGUGGCACUCCGGGGGUGGGGGGGACCCACGUGGGCAGAUUCUGUGCCCCAAUCCUUCUCCCUCCUCCUCAAACCCUGCACGGUGUGCGCCGGGCUUCUUGUCCACACCGAGGUGACGUGGAUCUGUCCCCACGUCCCAGCUCCAUCCCUCUGUCCCAGCUCUGUCCCCGCGUCCAUCUAGGAAGCAGCCACACCGCCAGCACCCUGCGUGCAUCGGACCCACAUGGCAGCUCUUUGCACGGCCUCGCUUUGGAAAUUAGGUGGGAUUGACGACGUCUCGUCGCUCUCAUUUUCUUUUCUUUUUCCUGACCGUCCUGCAAGAAAAAAUAACACCGCAACCAAACGUUUUUCCGGCCCCGCAAAGGAGCGGGAAGGCAGCAGCGCGGCGCUUGGAGGGCGACGGAACAUUUCUGCUCAUUGACUUCACGCCCUGACUUCACAUCUCAGAGAGCCAGAAAAAAAAAAAAAAGGAAAAAAAAAAUACAAAAAAACCCAACCCAAACAAACCCAACAGAACGACCGUAAAGCAUCACUGCUUUCAGCCACGUGGAGUUGGGCUGCUUUGUGUGCGCCAAGCCGUGCCAAACCGGAGCAGCGCCACGACGCCACAGCUCAGCACUGACGCCUUGGGUCGGCGCAUUGGGAUUUCUCUCCCAUCCCAUCGUGAGCUCGGGGUCAUCAUCAUUCUGCCCAGGUCAUUUAAUUCCCCAUAAGAGUCCAGGAAACUCCUCCUAAUUUUCAAAAGACAACGAGAAACGACAAUCUUAAGAAACCAACACCCUCCUUCGUGCUUCUAUGAAUCCGUUCGGAUCUUUGCGGUUUUUAUUUCUCGUGCUCAUCUGUACUGUUGACAGUUACAAAUUGUGUAUAAUUUUUUUUUUUUUUUAAUUUGGAUUUUUUUUUUUGGCGUUGUAUAGGGUUUAGUUUGAAUAUAUAUAUAUGUAUUUUCCCAUUUUUUUUUUAAAAAGGGGUGUUGCAAAAAAAAAAAAAAAACACACACAAAAAAAAUAAUUGCACGGUUGAAACGACAAUAGUUAAAAAUGCUGCAGUUUUUAGAGAUGUGGAAGCAAAAUGGAGCUUAUUUAUUCUCAAAGGCUAUAAAAUGCAUGAAGAAAAAAAAAACAUUUACAAAAAAAACAAAAAAAAAAGAGAGAGGAAA